UGUGUUCUCACCUUGUAAAGCAUUGAGUGUAACAAAGAUCCCAGACAGAAGAAGUCAGACUCCAAGAGAUUUCUAUUCUAUUUCUAUUUAUUUUGUUUUUACUGAAAAAGCCUGACAGAGCCCAAGGAAUAUUUUGUAUCUUUUAAACCGGUGACCAAGACCUGACUAUAAAAGGAACAUAUAAUGACAGAUGAGCUGACGGUAGGCGAUAAAAUGAUGGAAAUAUGGAAGAGAGGAGACGCAAAAAAAGAGUUAUCCCAAAUAGAUAAAGGAGUGGAAUCUCAGCCGAGGAAAAAAAUACCCCACUCAAUUGAAGAAAUUCUGAAAAGGCCCUCAUGUGUCAGAAAAGAGAAUGAAGUACAUCGGAAGUGGUCUGUCAUCAGAGAAAACAGCCAAGUAUAUAACCAGCAUCCAUGUACAGAAACUCAGAAUAUGGGACUGCGUGAAGAGGCUCCAAAAGCUGCAGGAGACUGCAAGAGUCAAAGAAGAAAGAGGCAAACCAGGGUCACUUUUACACCAUUCCAGGUGCAGGAGCUCGAGAAGGUUUUCCAGCAAACCCAUUACCCAGAUGUUAGCACCAGAGACCAGUUAGCCUCUCGCCUGCAGCUGACAGAGAGCAGAAUACAGAUUUGGUUCCAAAACCGCAGGGCCAAAUGGAGGAAGGUUGAAACACUCAGAGACAUAGAGCUGAUCACCAGACAGCGCUUACUUUCGACCAAUCUUCACCAGCUUUAUUAUGAGAAGCCCCAGCUCCAAGCAAUGUGCUGCCUGCCCUGCUGUUUACCAAAACCUCUUCAAUCAAGGCUGUACUUCAGCUCGUCAACAGCACCGGCUGUGCUGACCGCCGCACAUUCUCCUGGUCACAGGACUCUCUAUUUUGACAUGCUGGGAACGAAACGAUAGCAUCUUCACUAAUUCUGCACAACACUUUUUUUACAUUGUUUUUAAUUACAUGAGGCAAAGAAAAUAGUUUGCAAUGAUGCUCAAACGUAAACGCAGAUCUGUAAAAUACUGUAGCUGUAUAUUUUGCUUUUAAUGUGUCACACUGUGUGAAGCUGAAAUAAAGGCACUGAUCUUUUUUUUUAUUUCAAUAAAGCUGAU